GCCAGUUACGAAAGACUUGAAGAAAAGCCACGGGGCAUUGACGAACAUAAAUGGAAUUUUACCAAAAUGUACGUGGAAAGUCUACAGUUUGAGACGAAAAGUUUAAUGUCUGAAGCAUCUGACAGCGGUAUGGGAACUGAAGGAGCACCAUCUGAAUUUGACGUGGAUAUCGGUGAUAAACGUGACACUCAGACGAUAGCAGGCGACGAUUGGAACUCACUGUCAUCAGCUGUGCAGACUGGCAACUUUGCCAUCAUCGAGGAUAUGUUGUCACGUGGCCUGGAUAUCAACACAAAAAAUAACGAUGGUAAAACGGCUUUAAUUUUAGCUGCUUCGACUGGCAAAAUAGAUGCCGUAAAUUACCUCUUGGACAAAGGAGCUGAUCCCUUUAUUGAAGGCCACUCUGGCAUUACUCCACUGCACGCCGCCUCAAAGGAUGAUAAUGUCACCAUCAUCGAGACACUAAUGUCACGUGGUCUAGAUGUCGAUUCAAAAGAUAGUGGAGGAAGUACACCAUUGAUGUUGGCUGCAGCUUGUGGCAAGAUUGAAGCUGUAAAUUAUCUUUUAGACAAAGGAGCCGAUCCCUGUAUUGGAAACCAGUUAGGAGGAAAUUCACUACACGUCGCUUCACAGGGUGGUAAUGUCACCAUCAUCGAGAAACUAAUGUCACGUGGUCUAGAUGUCGAUUCAAAAGAUAGUAAAGGAAGUACACCAUUGAUGUUGGCUGCAGCUUAUGGCAAGAUUGAAGCUGUAAAUUAUCUUUUAGACAAGGGAGCCGAUCCCUGUAUUAGAGACCAGUCAGGAAGAAAUUCACUGCACACCGCUUCACAGGGUGGUAAUGUCACCAUCAUCGAGACACUAAUGUCACGUGGUCUAGAUGUCGAUUCAAAAGAUAGUGAAGGAAGUACACCGUUGAUGUUGGCUGCAGUUUGUGGCAAGAUUGAAGCUGUAAAUUAUCUUUUAGACAAUGGAGCCACAAUGGAGCCGAUCCUUCUAUUAGAAACCAAUAGUGGAGGAAGUACACCAUUGAUGUGGGCUGCAGUUUGUGGCAAGAUUGAAGCUGUAAAUUAUCUUUUAGACAAUGGAGCCGAUCCUUCUAUUAGAAACCAGUUAGGAAUAGAUUCACUACACGUCGCUUCACAGGGUGGUAAUGUCACUGUCAUCGAGAAACUAAUGUCACGUGGUCUAGAUGUCGAUUCAAAAGAUAGUGGAGGGAAUACACCGUUGAUGGUGGCUGCAGGUUUUGGCAAGAUUGAAGCUGUAAAUUAUCUUUUAGACAAAGGAGCCGAUCCUUCUAUUAGAAACCAGUUAGGAACAAAUUCACUGUACGUCGCUUCACAGGGUGGUAAUGUCACCAUCAUCGAGAAACUAAUGUCACGUGGUCUAGAUGUCGAUUCAAAAGAUAGUACAGGAAGUACACCAUUGAUGUUGGCUGCAGCUUGUGGCAAGAUUGAAGCUGUAAAUUAUCUUUUAGACAAAGGAGCCGAUCCCUGUAUUAGAGACCAGUUAGGAAGAAAUUUACAACACGCCGCUUCAGAGGGUGGUAAUGUCACCGUCAUCGAGAAACUAAUGUCACGUGGUCUAGAUGUCGAUUCAAAAGAUAGAAAAGGAAGUACACCAUUGAUGUUGGCUGCAGGUUUUGGCAAGAUU